UGUAACUUAUAAAUUGCAGCCCAUACCCAUUUACGAUGGGCCAUUAUGAAAGCAUGGUGAUUGCUCGGCCCAUUUUUCUCUCUCCCUUUCUGGCAAGGGGAUCGCCUGAACCUCACACCAACGAUUUGUAGUUACGAUUCUUCCCUCAUGCAGAAAGCAUUCGGUGAUUCUUUAAUUAAAACUUAUAAUUGUUAAUAUUAAUUGUGUUAUGCUCCGUUUAACUGUUUCUGCCAUGCCAUGGAUUUCCAGAAGAAGAGAGUUCGGUUUCUUGUAUUUGUCGCUACCAUCAUUGUUCUUAGUAUCACAGCUGAAAAAUGCAGGGAGCUUGUCGGCGAGAAUGCGUCAUCCAAGAGUGGGAAGUUUACAUUCUUAAAUUGCUUUGAUGCAGGCACUGGAACUUUAGCAUGUGGUGUCAAGGAAAGUGUGAAGUUCUAUGUUAACAAUAUUAGAUCUGCCCAUGUUGAACAAGCAAGGCAUAUUGCAAUCCAGUCUGCUCUUAUUGAUGCUGCUUCACAGGGUAUGUCAUCAACUCAAUCAGAAAAGUAUGCUCAGAAAGAAGGUGCAAAAGCGGCGAAAUUGGCUUCUCGUAAGGCCAAGCGCAUUGUAGGUCCCGUCAUCUCUUCCGGAUGGGACUUUUUUGAAGCUGUUUACUAUGGUGGUACCUUUACAGAGGGGUUCCUUAGGGGAACUGGUACUUUGUUUGGAACUUAUAGUGGUGGCUUCAUGGGGGAGCAAAGGCUUGGAAGAUUUGGUUAUCUUGUUGGAAGUCAAUUGGGAAGUUGGGUUGGAGGUAGAAUAGGGCUUAUGCUAUAUGAUGUGGCUAAUGGAGUGCAUUUCAUGUUGCAAUUUGUUUAAACAGAUUGAAGUGAAAUUCAAGAAACAUAAGUUCACUAUCAAGAACGUUCUUUCAAACAGCUUGAAGAUCUUUUCUUUUCCACAAAAUCCCUGUUUAUGACACCUAAAGAGGUUCCAUUAUUUGACAGUAUAGAUUAUGAAUCUAUCUAUAAUAGGUAAGAAAACAUGUGAAGAUUAUAUCGCUGUUAUUUUUUCACAUUUUAAUUGGAUGUAUAUGUGUCUCUGCUCCAGUUUAGUAUACAGGUCAUAAAUGGUUAUAUAUAUUUUAAUCUUCUACAAGAUAUAGUGCACAUUUCACUUUAUACAAUUUAUCUUCUACAUGGUGCA